AUGCGAUUAUACGAUGCGCCUAUAUUAAGAAGAUUGCGUAUUGAACUCGGUUCACAAUGUCCCGUUGACGUUGACGUUGUAAACUGGGUUGCAAAAGCAAUUGAUUGCUGCGUACGUAACCUAAAAUUCAAGCUCCGGUGGAAAAGCGAGCCGAUCAGAAUGCCACAAAGCCUUUACACAUGCAAAACGCUUGCGAGAUUGAGCCUCACCGACAAAAUUCUAGUGGAUGUUCCUUUUCCGGUUUCUCUCCCAUCACUUACACGACUUGAUCUUAGACGUGUUGUGUACAAAGACGAAGAAUCUCAUGUUAGGCUUUUAUCAGGUUGCCCCGUUCUCACGCAUUUGACAGUGGUUCGGCAUCAUGAUGAUGAUAAUGUGAGAAAGUUUAGUGUGAAAGUGCCUUCUUUACUGAAUUUAAGGUAUACAUUUUUUCAAGUGAAGGAGGAUGAUACUCCAAGGUCUCUUGUUAUAGACACUCCUGCUUUAAAGUAUUUAGACAUCAUUCAUAUUAAGGGAGGCUCUUGCUCCAUGGAGUAUAUGCCCCAUCUCGUGUAUGCAUACAUUUGUGUUAGGUUUUAUCCUGACGACAAUUUGCUGCGCUCUCUUUCUUCGAUCAAGUAUCUCCAGCUACAUCUGCCACGUACAAUGGUUCCAUGGUGCGGAGUUAACUAUUCUCGGCUUAUUGAGUGUCGAAUACGUUAUUAUCACCCAGACGAGUGUGAAUCACUUGUGCUUUUGCUCUCCAACUGUCCUCAGCUAAAAGUCUUUACGGUCGAGUCCAUGAUUGAGAUUGAUCGGUCAAGGAAUCAUGUUCCAGUUCCGUGGAACCAGCCGAGUUCUGUUCCCAAGUGCUUAUCGUCUCACCUCAAGAUCUUUAGAUGGACAGGAUAUGCAGGAAGAGAAGACGAGAAAGAAUUCAUAAGGUACAUUGUGGAACACUCCAAGUGUUUAGUUAGGGCAAAAGUUUAUUUGAAUUUAUCAUGCAAUCCUGAAGAGAAACAGAAGAUGGUUGAGGAGUUGAAAUCUAUGCCUAAGGUUUUAACCAUUGUUUUGUAA